AUGUCUGUGAUCGACAAUCGUUCGAGUUUGGCAGGCGACUGCACAGCCAUAACGGCAACGGGUCGCCUUGGGUGGAGGCAGAUCGGUUGUUUGGUAGGCGCAUAUAGGCAGCACAUGGCGGUUCUCAAGCGGAUCGGAGUGACGCACUACGUGGUUGGAAGCAGCAGCGCCCCCUUGGUGUCAAGUAGUCAACAGUAUCGACGGCAGGCUGGUGGCUAUGUAUGCGGGGCGUUGCUCUGCGACAAAGCAGAGUUCUUCGACGAAGCAGAGGCGUCAGUGUUCGACAGGGGUCGACGGUGCACCAAGCUGACAAACGUUGUUGAACGCUUAUGGGGCCUGGACAAAACGAGGCUGAAUCCGCAACGCAUCAUCUAG